CUCCAUCCAUACAUCCAUACAUACGCACACAUAUAUAUAUACAUAUAUAUAUAUACUGACAAGAAAUAUAUCAAGUCAGUGGUCUAGAGUACUCUAGAUAAUUGUAAAAAUAAAAACCGUCCAAUGUAUAUCUACAUAAAUAUAUAAAAUAAUAUAUUUACUGCCAUUUAAUUGAUUACUCAGUUUAUCAAUAAGUCAAUUUAUUUAUAAAAUAUAUAAAUAACAAUGGCUACUUUUCAAGAAGGUUGUGUUUUCUGUAAAAUAAUUAAAGGCGAAUCGCCUUCCGAGAGCAUUUACGAGGAUGAUGACUUGAUUUGUAUAAAAGAUAUAAACCCAGCAUCAGAUCAUCAUUAUCUGAUAAUUCCAAAGAAUCAUAUCGCGAAUGCCAAAGAAUUGAAACCUGAAGACGAACCUCUGUAUGACAAAAUAGUUGAUACUGUUGAAGUUGUAGCGGCGCAGCAGGGCCUUGAUCUUGGAGCAACUCGGACAGGUUUCCACUGGCCUCCUUUCAAUACCGUAAAUCAUUUACAUUUACAUGUUAUAUAUCCCGUUGAAAAAAUGGGAUUUAUUAAGCGACAAAUGUUUAAACCGAACUCCAUGUGGUUCGUAAGUACUGAUUACGUGAAAUCCCGCUUCAAUUUGACGAGUUAAUGAAACAAUAGAGUAAUUAAAGUAAAUAAAUAAAUAAAUAUUCAACGAAUAUUGAUCCUAGGAAUUAGUAGAAUGGUCUAGAUCUAGGUCUAGGUCUAGCACUUAAUUAAUUAAUUUUUUUUUAUACUUCAUUUCCUUACUUCCUUAAUUAAUUGAUUAAAUUUAAUUAAACUUUA